AUGGACAGUUUCGAUGAAAAUUUGCAGGCGGCCUUCCAUGCCUCCAGGAAGGCCUACGAUUCAUAUGACUCCAAGUCCAUGAAUAUUGCCGAGUUCUCAGGUUUCUCGAUUUCUAUAUGUUCGUUGAUCCUAGUUUCUGCACUAUUGUUGACAAAUGAAUCUAAGGUCGGUGUUGCCAAUAAAACAUUUAGUGUUUCGGACUAUGGAGUGGUUGGCAAUGGGCUCACCGAUGAUUCUUCGGCAUUUACAAAGGCGUGGAAGGAUGCAUGCAGCUCAAAGGCGGGGGCAUCGACCAUCAGCGUUCCGCAAGGAAAGAAGUACCAUUUAAAUCCUAUCAAUUUUGUGGGCCCUUGCAAGUCUUAUAUCAAUAUCGCAGUAUCAGGGAAGAUCAUAGCACCAAAAGAUCCAAAUGCAUGGAAGGGGUACGAUCCAGCCAAGUGGCUGACUUUUGAGAAUGUGAAUGGGCUCAACAUUAGUGGGCCAGGCUUGUUUGAUGGAUAUGGCAAUGCCUGGUGGAACAUCUCUUGCAAAUUGAACCCCAAGCCAACGAUAAGUAUCGCAAACUGCAAUGGAGUGAUUUUGCAAAAUGUGCGCUUCAAGAACAGUCCUCAGGUGCACGUAACUGUUGAUGGAAGCAGCGACGUUUAUCUGAAGUUCUUGAACAUUUCUGCACCCGAAUGGAGCCCCAACACCGACGGAAUCCACAUUCAAGCUUCUCGUGCUGUCUCUGUUCAAUCUUCAACCAUAGGCACCGGCGAUGAUUGCAUCUCGAUCGGCGAUCGGACCUCGAAUACCAGUGUUACUGACAUCAAGUGUGGACCUGGCCAUGGAAUAAGCAUUGGGAGCUUGGGAAAGGAUGGAAAUGAAGUAAGUGUUAGUAACAUCAACGUGAAGAACAUUAACUUUCAUGGGUCGACUAAUGGAGCUAGAAUUAAAACUUGGCAUGGUUUCUCGAUUUUUGUAUGUUUGUUCAUCCUGGUCUCUACACUACUGUUAGCAAGUGAAAUCGAGGUCAGUGUUGCUGACAAAACGUUCAGCGUUUCAGACUAUGGAGCAGUUGGCAAUGGGCAAACCGACGACUCCUCGGCAUUUACAAAGGCGUGGAAUGAUGCAUGCAACGCAGAAGAAGGGACGUCGACCAUCGACGUUCCACAAGGAAAGACCUACCUUUUGAACAUUAUGGAAUUUGCAGGCCCUUGCAAGUCGAAUAUCAAUUUCACAGUAUUAGGAGAGAUCAUAGCACCAAAAGAUCCAAGUGCUUGGAAGGAGAAGAAUCAAUGGUUGAUUUUCGACAGUAUAAAUGGGCUCACCAUAAGUGGGCCGGGCUCGUUUGAUGGAAAUGGCAAGCCCUGGUGGGACCUCUCCUGCAAAUUGAACCCCACGACCGGAUGCAAUACGUACGCGCCGACUACGCUCCGUAUCGAAAAGUGCAAUGGAGUGUAUUUGCAAGAUCUGCACUUCAAGAACAGUCCUCAGAUGCAUUUAAUUGUUUAUGGAAGCAGCGACGUUUACAUGAAGUCCUUGAACAUUUCCGCACCCGAGGAGAGCCCCAACACCGACGGAAUCCACAUUGGAUCUUCUCAUGGUGUCUCUGUUCGUUCUUCAAUUAUAGGCACCGGCGACGAUUGCAUCUCGAUCAGCGACAAGACCUCGAAUAUCAGUGUUUCUGACAUCCAGUGUGGACCUGGUCAUGGAAUAAGCAUUGGAAGCUUGGGAAAGGAUGGAGAGGAAGUAAGUGUCAGCAACAUCCACGUGAAGAACGUCGACUUUUACGGGUCAACUAAUGGAGCUAGAAUUAAAACUUGGCAGGAGGGAAGAGGCCGAGUUAGCCAAGUUUUUUUCUCGAAUCUCAGGUUCACCGCGGUGAAAAACCCCAUCAUCAUUGACCAGUACUACUGCGAUGCUCGGGAUGCUUGUCCCAAAACGGAAACGGGAGUACAGAUAAGCGACGUGCAUUACCAAAUGGCAUUCGGGACGUCCAGCACGAAAGUGGCCAUCAACCUAAAUUGCAGCAACAACGUCCCAUGCACCAACAUCAACUUGGACACCAUCAAACUGGAAUCUGCGAACGAAGGAGAGGAACCCAUUUCUAGCUGCAACAAUGCCUUUGGAACUACAGUAGGAAUCGUCGAGCCCAAGUCCUGCCUUCAAUGAUUAUGAAAAAGAAAGCUGCCGGUGGUUGAGAACCCAGUAGUAGAUCGAGCAUAUCUAAAAUGUGUACAAAUCAAAGUGAAAAGAGUUUGAAGCUUUAUUUCCUGCAUUUGAAGAUUUGUGAAUGGUUUAAUAAGAAGUUAAAAUUGUUGCUUUCCCUUGUUUA